AAUAAGUGUCAAAAAUGCAUAUAAAUCAAACCUCAUGACAUGAACUGACCCCAUUAGUGUGUGGUCUGUACCAUUUAUUUUUGUUCACCUCAUACAUACAUCCACCCCACGAUGAACCUGAAAGUGGUCACCUUGUCGGGUAACGAGGCUACAAUCGAUGUGGAGCCGUCCGACAAGAUAGUCGUCAUAAAAGAGAAACUGGAAGAGAUCGAGGGAUUGCCGCUCCAGCAACAGAGACUGAUCUACCAGGGCAAGCAGCUGCAGGACGACAGAACGGUUUCCAGUUACAAACUGAAAAUCGGCUCUACUCUGCAUCUGGUUAUCGCUCUGAGAGGUGGAAACGAGACGACGAUCGUGGUGUGAGAUGUAUAUACAAAAUCAUUUGAUCAUUUUAUCAUUCUUUCAAUAAAGCCUUUGGCACUUAUUGAAAUUAAA